AUGUCCGUCCUUUGUGCUUCUCCACCGUACGUGCAGGAGGAAGACAAGGUAAUCAAAUGCCGUCAACCCAUAAACGGUCUCUCCUUGGCAAACACGGCCGCCUCGAGCUCGUCCAGAAACCCCGCUUUGUCCUCGACAUACCUGAUACCUGCCUUCUCAACUUCAAUGGAUUCUACUGGUAAAGAUAUUACGACAGAGCAAAUAAUUGUUCCAGUCGAUGAUAAGCAGGAUGGAAAUUCCACCGCUGGUACUGCCGACAUACCGAAGCCAGAAAUUCGACCACAGUACAGGGUAUACAAAUGUCGAUAUGCCGGUAUGCUCGGGGUCAUUGUCCUCAACAUUGUCGCGGCAAUGGCCCUGACUUGGUUCGGACCAAUUGCUAACAAAACCACACAAUCGUUUGGUAUCACACUUAACCAAGUCAACUGGCUAGGAAACGUUGUAAACUUCAUUUACAUCGUUUUCUCGCCGCUCGUGCCCUCGACUUGUUCCCGGGUCGGUAUACGGGGAGCUUCGACUGUUGACACUGCACAGUAUGCAAUCGGCGCGGGUUUCCUCGUUGUCUCGGCAUGGGUACGAUUUGCAGGUACUGCGCAUUCACUCAAUUCACAAGGAGCAUACGCACUACUCAUUAUUGGCCAACUCUUGGGUGCUAUACCGCAGAUAAUUUUCCAGAUAAUUUUCCAGGUUCUUGUACCCAAGUUCUCAGAAACAUGGUUUGAUUUGAAGGGUCGAACAACGGCGACAAUGUUGAUGACUAUAGCGAAUCCUAUUGGUAACGGACUUGGCCAGCUCAUUUCACCGAACUUUAGCGAUACGCGUACUUCUAUUCUCGUACUUGGCAUUAUUUCGACAGCCGUCGCACCGUUCUGUCUUAUGGUGGGCUCGAAGCCACCUACCCCGCCUUCAUACUCCGGCUCCAAGCCCUCUCAACAUAUCCUCACGACUGUCCGCGCCAUCUUCGGUCUUCUUCCGCAUCCAAGUCAAUGUGGAUCAAUUCCACUUCAUGAUAUUUCAUCGUCUUCCACGCCGAAAGGCGGUGAUCAUAGGUGGAAUCUGGGAGGCUUGAUUCCAAGGACAUUUACGGGUAAGAAUGAUGCAAGUGAAAUUGUGCCCACGCGAAUAGGCGAACGGACGAACGACGGACUGCAGCGUGGUGGAGGCGGGGAGAUCGAAACAGGCACGGAUGUCGACGCGUAUAUGUCAUUGCGCGAGCGGAUCGAUUUCAUUAUCUUGGUUCUAAUAUUUAGUACCGUAACAUCCGGCGUUGUUGGCUUCUCAAUUCUCUCAAGUCAAAUAUUAGCACCUCAUGGUUACUCGGACAACACUGCUGGUCUUAUGGGAACCGCUCUACUCUUCUCAGGGGUUCUCGCCGCAAUGGUUACCUCACCGCUCUUUGAUCACGUCUUCACACAUCAUCUCGGCCUUUGUAUACGUAUAUGUGCACCGAUUGUGGGCGCGGGCUGGCUUUCACUCAUCUGGGCCGUGCGCCCGGGUAAUACUGGUGCACUUUACGCGAUCCUUGCGGUGAUUGGCGUGUUCUCGACCACCAUGCUCCCUAUUAUGUUGGAACUGGGAUGCGAACUUACUCGGAGUGGCGAUGCCGCCUCUGCGAUCCUUUGGACUAGUGCAAACUUGUCUACCAUUAUAUUUAUCGAAGUCCAAUCUGCAUUACGAGCUCCACCCACUGCGUCUCCACCUUCGAACAUGCACCGUGCUCUAAUCUACAACGGUGCUUCGAUCUUCGGAUCCGCCGGUUUCGCUCUCUUUCUCCGCGGUCGUCAAAAACGUCGUGAGAUGGAUAUGCUUGCCGCGUCUGCGGCUGCGACUACUGUUCCGGCGGUCUAA